AUUAAAAGUGAAGGAAUUCUUAGAAAUAACUAUCGUUUGGUUAUAUCACAUAAAAACUGCUCAAACUCAAGAAUCAAGCUGUUGAACAAGUGCUGACAUUGCUGAUGUGUGUGUGUGUCGAGCUAAUAGGUCGACCAACCAAAACCAACCAACCAGUCAACCAGUCGCUCUCCCUCCCUCGCACUGUACUGUCCUCCGUCUGCUCCCCUCCUUCGCUCCUCACCUAUGCGCCAGCCCGCGGCCCGCACUCCGCAACCCACCCGCCUGCCAGUCAGCGUUAAGUUGUCAAACUCUUUGCACGUAUUGAGGUGUCGUUGGCAUAGACCUCUUUACGUCAUAGUUAAUUUUGUGCUCAUUUUAAAGCGAACACUAUUCAAGUACCUACUUGGAAUUGGGUGUGAACCCAGAUAUGGUGUGUUGUUUCCAUGUAAUCUCAAUAUUGCUCUUUUAUUGAGACAACAUUUAGUGGAAUAUUUGUGAAGUUUAUUUAUUCAGUGUUUGUGACGCUACAUUUGGAUCGAAAAUCUAAUCACAAUAAAGUGAAGUGUUAGCUGGCAUCUGUUACUUUUGUGUAGAUGAUUAUGCUCUAAACGAGCUAAGUGAUUUGUGUUUAUUGGAUUGCUUGGAUUCCUAAUUGCUAAAUGGCUAAUGUUACGCUGCCAUCGAAAUUGAAAUCAUGAGCGCGAAUGGGGGCUCUAAUACACAUCCAGCGGGAUAGCUGUUAUCAGAAGGGGCGUUCAUUGCUGAGGGAGUAUGGAUGGGGCUUUCAAUAAUGUACUGGAAGGGACACGCCAGUACUUUAUGGGAGUACCAAAGCAGGUGCAAGGUGAAGGAUCUGGGCAACCGGUAUGGCCUGCUAGUACGUCGCCACCUGAGGAAGGAACACCAGCUCAAUCCGGCGCACCAGCCGCUACUUCUCGCCCACCUUCAACAGCCGCAGCUCCUCCAGCACCAUCAGAAACUCCUCCCAUGGCUGUACCAGCCCCACCCCGUCCGCCGUCUGAACCAAUAGAACCCGAGCCGCAUAUUAUACAUAAAGCAACUGUGAUGCGAGAAGCAGCAGAAAAGCGGCGAGAGAUGCCUGACAUAGAAGACGAAGAGGAACCAGGGGAUACACUUUCCCCACCAUCGCAUAUAAUUCGCAAACCGCCACAGCCAUUACCCUCACCUGCCCCUGCUCAAGCGGCACCGAGUCCGUCCCCCGUAAGACCACCAUCCGUUGCCCCACCAGCGGCAGUCGUCCCGGAACCGCAGCCCGAAUUGCUGCAUCGUGCGGCUUUGCAUUGUGUGCAAACUCCAACGUCAAGACCUGCAGAGCAUUUUGCACAGAGUCGACCACCGGAUCCUUAUUCGUCUUCACGGCCGCCGGAAUCAUAUCGGCACUAUCCAUAUGAAACAAACGGUCCAGAAAAUAACCGUAAUUCUCACGUAUCAAUAGCAUCACCACAGCCUGUACUUACCUCGCGCAACAGUCCUCAAACAUACGCAAGGUUAUCCAGUUCUGUACCCCAACAUGCCGCCAGUCGUUUACGCGAAGCUUCCGUGCAUAGCUCUCCUGCACAACGUUAUGCUGUGUCAAUGCCGCAACCACCGCCUCCGCAUAAUGACCGCGUUCCACCGAUACACCAUCCCCAAACACCACCUUUACAAAAGCUUACUUCAGGCGAUGUCAGAUCUGUACAUCUUUACCCGCCUAUCCAACAUCGACGAGAAUCUUCGCCUUAUACGCGGCCAUCUUCACAGUUUGAUCGUCAUCCAACUGUACCACCAAGAAAGUAUGAUCCUCAGCAAGCAUAUUCUGGUUAUAGACAAGCAACGCCGCAACCUUUACAAAAUCAACGAAUAGAUACACACCAUCAGGUGCCGUAUAAACACGCAAUAGACCUUAUGAAUUCAAAUUACUCAUCUCGGCCAUCUGAGCGGUCACCAGUACCAGUACCACAAGCACCACAUUCCCAUGACGCCACGCGUUUAUCGUCGCGAAUGGACUACCAUAGCAUAAGCAGACCAGUCGAUUCUAGAAGUUCCUAUCCAUACGCAACAUCAGGCACAACAGCAUUGCGAUAUGCUCCCGGUGCUUCUUUGCCCGCUACAAUAAAUUCUACUCCUGCGUCAAGGUCCCCUUAUCGUACUCCGGUCACCCAUAAAACGAACUAUGACUAUGCAACAUCGAACUCAGUCCAGAGUUCAUCGGUCCGUUCUUCGACUAAAGCUGGUUACCCCAAUCAACAAACUCGAAUGACAGUUUCAGUAACGUCGAUAGUAAAUCAAAUGAAUCAAACCAAACAGAAGCAAGAAUCACCAAUCACAGGAGCAUCACAAGUGAAUCACCUUGAUCAAACGAAACAGAAACGUGAGUCCCCUUUGGAUUUAUCAGUGAAGACGGUGAAAAAUUCUGCAGACUCUUCAACAACACAGGACGACGCAGUAGAUUCCGCAUCAGUCGAAGGCAAAAUAUUACAUGCACUGCAACCACGUCCUUCGAGUAGUCGUCAAGCACCUCCAGUAGGCUAUACAGCUGCACAUAAAGUAGAUUUCGCUCCUAAUUUUACAACUCAAUACGGAGAAAGAAGCACAAAUGUUUCUUACAAUCCACCAACACCGCAGCUUCAUAAUUCUGUAAGAUAUAACGGCACCUAUGAUUCUCGAAGAUUACCUGAAAGUUAUCCAGUAGAAUCUUCUCAUGUCUACGCAGAGCGGAGUAAAUAUGGCGUGUCUGUAGCCAGAGCAGAUUAUGUGCCGAGAAUAGAUAUUACUAGAGCGUCUGGUGAUCCAUGUCCGGUUGAUAAUAGAAUUCGUGAUGAUCGAACCUUCAUAAUAGAAGAAAGAAAACGACCUCAGGGUCCCAUAGUUAGCAACAUUCCUGAUAAAAUUGUUCGUUAUGAGACAUGGAGUUCGGAUAGUCGGAUAGAUCGCACUGGACAAUCAGCCGUCAGAGAACAACAUGAGUUAAUGCGACAGCCUGUUUACAACUAUAGCAGUCAUAAACAAUUUGAAGCCUAUCAAAAUGAACAAAAGCGUUCCAAAUCAUCGGCCGCGUACCGCGAUCGCAUUCAUCAUCCUAAUCAUGGAUAUCCUAGUGGUGGUCCUUACCCUGAAAUACCUUCACGGGAUCUAAGUCAGUAUCAUGCUUUGUACCAGGAUAGAAAUACAUCAGUAAACGCCCGGCAUCAUGUUAUACAAAGAAUUCCGAGCCAUAGAGAAGUUCAUUCGCAACAUGUAGAUCCAAACAGAGUUCCAGCCGAUAAAAGAGUAUUAAGUAUCCUUAGAAAUAGUUUAGAAACUAAACAAUCUGGUUUUUCUGAUGCAUCUCGUCCAACAAAGCAGAUACCAGAACUGAUAGUAAUAGAUGAUGUAGAUGAUUCUGUAAUAGAUAUAGAUCUUACUAAAGACAAUGAUCAUCCUGAAACCAAAAAACCAAAUGUAACUAAAUCAUCUGAAGCUAUUGCUCCAAACCCAGAAAAUCAUAAUAUACAAAUGCCUAAAGCUGUUGAUUCACUACCACGAGAUUCUGAAUAUCAUAAACUCGACAACACUGAUUUAAAAAGAAAGACACCAGAAAAUGAUGUUGCCAGAAUUAGAACAAAAGCAGAGUUAAAAGUAAUGCCUCCAUCGCAAGACAGUGGAAUCAAAUCAAAUGUUAAACAUGAUUUAGUUACAGAAAGUGACGGAAAUAAAUUACUACCUAAAUCACAGAAGCAACAUUUAUUUAAUCAAAUACGAAAAGAUAAUCUAAGAUUUGAAUCUGUCAUACGCUCUGAUAAUACUUCUGAAGCACUUAUUCCAGACGUUAAGUCUGAGCCCAUGAAUAUUGAAGAAAUAGAGAGAGAUGCAGAAAUUUCUAUUAAAACAGAACAUCUAUUGGAAAAUUUAAAUCCCGAGCGCGGUAAUUUGAAUGAAGACAAACCUGCUGAUGAUUUAGAUUGGGCUAGUGCCUGUGAUAGUUUUGUAGAGCAACUGAAGUCAGGUUGCCACAAGAAAAAAAAUACCAAAAAACUUGAUGAAACAGAUAACAAUAAUGAAAGCAAAUUAGAGCCCGAAGAAACUUCGCUACCGCCCCCAGAAAUUACAAUUACCGAACCUGAAGUUGUUGUCAAACAGGAACCGAUAGACGAAGAUGAAAUAAAACCUUUAGAUGAACCGUCGAAUAUAAACGUAGAGGUCAAAAUAGAAAAUAUAAAAGAUAAUGAAAGCACAGUGCAACAUACUAUCCUAAACAAAAAUGAAAGGAACAAUUCUAAAUCUGAAAAAGGUAACAAAAAUGCGACCAAACCAGAAAAAUCAAAAAAGGACAAAAAAAUUGAUAAAGAGAAACCAGUGAAAACUAAAUCAAAAUCAAAGAGCAAAUUAGAGAAAAAUGAAAACAAUUCUUCAUCGCCGAAUACAAAAAAAGAUAAACUUAAAACCUUUAUAAAAGAAGAAUCUGAAUCUACGGAUGAUGAUGAGCCGCUCAUAAAAAGUAAAAUACUUAAAGAUAAAGAACAAAGUGAACGUCUCAAACAUCAACUUCUUAAAGACUUAUCUGAAAAGUCUGCUUACGUCAAAUUAGAAUGCUGUGACGUAGACGUUAAUAAAAACAACAGAAAAUCGCUCGACUAUGACUCCACUAAAGGAAAAGAAGAGAAACAAAACAAAGGUAAACUCUCGAAGACAAAAACAAAAGGGAAAUCUCUUUUCGCCGACAAUACCAAAAACGAAAAGCAGAUUGUAGACUCGAGUACAGACAGCGACGAUGAGAAACUAAGUGUCGCCAGUAGGCUUAGAAUGCGUAAAAGUGUUAAGAACGAAGAUAAAGUAAUUCAAUCUCAAAAAACUACGCCGUCGAAAAAAAUUGAUAGUACUAGCAGCGCUAGUAGUAGUUCUACGCCCAUUCGCAAACCGGACUUCGGUGAUGGAUCCGCUUUCCACCCAGGUUGGGAAGAAGAGCUUUACCGAUAUAAACGUUCUCUUCGUAUGCCUUCAAGACUUAUUGCAAUACCUAGAGGGCGUUCCGGAGGACCAUUUGUUAGAAAAACAGGUGUAUUGUUAACUAGAGGCUCCACAUCGCUCCCAGAUUUGGAUCCCGCUCCAUUGUCACCGGCACCUUCGUCAGCACCUUCAGCAGCAACUGAUGAUUUAUACGCAAGACGUCCAGAUAAAAUGACCCUUGAUAGUGAUUUAGAUUCUAAUUCAAGUUGCUCUGCUCCAAACCGUUUACAUUAUGAUUCAGAAGCUUCCACGUCUACGGUGUUUUCAUCUUCAAAACCGACUAGAAAAAGCAGCUCCAUCGUCGAUGUAUUAAUACAAAAGUGUGGAAAAAAGGAAGAUAACAAAAAGAAAUCUAAAGAAAAAGACGAUAAAACACCUAAAGUCAUACAAAAAACUUCGAAUACGACAGAGUUAUUGCCUACUCCAAGCUUGGGACUUUUAAAAAAUAGUAACAAGGGAACUUUAAGCGCUAAAAAAGAAAAAUUAAUGGAAGAAAUAUACUAUCUAGGAGCGUUUCGAAAGGAGACUGUUUCUGCAUUUAGGAAUGCUUUUAUAAAAAAUACUGACGGACUAAUUGGAGCUACAGAAGAAUUUGCGCCCGUAGUUCUCAAAUCACGGACAAGAACCGAAAGCAGAGUUCUGAAACAAAGAGCAACAAUAAAGGAAGUUUUCGGCGACGAAAGACCAGCCUCUGCCCCGCCCACAUCCUGUAGAGAUGAUAUUGAUUUACAAGAAGGGAAAGACGAUAUUGAUGUAGCAUCAAAACCAAUUAAGGAACCAGAUCCCAAAGCAAAACUCAAACCUAAAAAAAUCAUAAAAGAUAAAUUGAAGAGAAGAUCUAGUUCAAUAAGAGACGGCUUGCGGAGUACAAAAUCUUUAAAAAGAAACGACGCUAAGGGUCGUCUUCUUCGUUUAAAGAAGCGUAAUAAUCUGAUUAAGUGUUUAAAUAAUAAAAGAAUCAAAGAAAUUUCCAAUACCAAACAAAAACCUGAAGGGACAUCCACUUCGGAAGAAAAAGAAAAACCAAAAGAAGAAGGCAGUUCUUUGGGAGCUGAUGCCACCAAUACAAAAAGACGUUUCAAACGACUGUUCGGCAGAAGAAAAUUUAGUUCCGGUUUCGAUUAUAUACGAAAAAAAAAGAAAAUUAUACGGAGAGAGGAUUCCAACAAUAAAAUAAGAAGACCAGCAGUUAAACCUAGUCCCGAGUCCAUUCACGAUAUCCAUAAAGAAAUCAAAAGCUGGUUUAUCAACAAAAGUAUCGGAGAAACCCACCUCCACCGUGCCGCUAGACUGGGAUACACUGAUUGUGUCGCCUAUUGCUUAGAAAAAAUGGAAUCAGAUCCGUCUGCAAAAGAUAACGCGGGAUUCACACCUUUACAUGUGGCAGCCGCUAAGGGUCACGUGCCAAUUGCGAGACUCUUACUCCAAUACGGGGCAAACGUAUCUGCGGCUGCUCAAGGAGGCAUAAGACCUCUGCACGAGGCCUGCGAGAACUGCCACGUCGAGGUGAUACGUCUGCUUUUGGCGUACGGCGCUGACCCACUGCUGGGCACCUACGCCGGACAAACGCCCGAAGAGUUGACGGAGGGCCAGGCGACUAAGUUCUUACGACUUCACAUCGCUGACGUGCAGGGCCAGGCCAUCGAGCCGUGGAGGUUUCCACCACCCACGCACGUCAUAGAUUACGAAGAAAUAGGUUGCGACCCGUUGUCCUCCCCGCCGCCCGCGUCGCCCGCGCCUCCUCCGGACGCGACCAUAGAAAUUCAAUGCACAGAAGCGCCACUACCACCCUUCUAUAGUCUCAAAAACGGGUCCGGUCAGCCGUCGGAUGGUCUCUGGUGCCUGCUACAGGACAUUACUAAUUUAUUACAGAUAAAAUCAAAAGACAGUCUACUGAAGCAAAUCCAUUGCGGAUCUGGUUCCCCGAAGGAGUUGCUUCGUGAAAUACGAACCCAGGAGUUCUUGGAGCGAGCGCAGUGUCACCAGCUCAUCUGCGCCGGCGAGAAGGUCAACAUCCGAGCCUCCAAAGUGGCUCUGAUCAGAGUCACGGAUAAACUGCGGCAACUCUUGAAAAUAGAAACAGUGCUUGUUAGCUGACAUUAAUUUUAACUCACAACCCUCGACGUUUGAAAUGAAAAUCUCAUGUAUCAGCAUUCAAGAAAUGAAAAAUAAAACAAAAUUAAUACACAGUGCUUACUUACUAUAUGUGUCGAGAUUCUUAGUUCGAAAUCGAUCAUUACUAAAUAUUGGAAGUCACAAAUUGUAGGGAAAAAACUCGAUAUUUGUGACUUGUUCAAGUUUAACUCAACGACGUCGAUAAUGCUCGGUUGGUAUAAAUAAAUAUGUAUGAUUAAAAUAAAUGUUAAAUCGUAGGAGUUCAAAUCGAACUCAAAUAUUCCAAUAUAAACUUUAUUAAAUUGAAUAUAACGACUAAUUCUUUAUCCGGAUUGACAAAUUUAUGAAAUGUGUAUUUGUGGAGCUUUUGGUCUAUCAACGAUGAUUUUGUUUCGUCGCGACCAAAGGGAAUAUGCUCAUUCGCUCACAGUAUUGGAAGCAACAGAAGACAGUUCAAAAGAUCUUCAACUCUGGACUGACUACUGUAACGUAACUUUGUAUCUCAUUUAAGAACAAUAUUCUGUUAUAUUAGUUUCAUGAGACUGUAUAAUUUAAGGGCAGCCAUUGUGUAAUCAUUAAUUUCAUUUUUCUGUUAUGAUCUAGCUUUUGUAACGCUUCAACGAUCCGUUGAAAAUGACUAAUUGAAAUUUUGUCAUUACGUUUUAUUUACGGAUGUUUUGUACGAAAUUAUUUGAACAACUGCUGUAAAUAUUGUAUAUAAAAAUUAAAAAGAUUUCUUUUGCGUAUAAAUGUUGCUUUAAAUGUAUGAUAUUCUCAUGGGUGCUAUUUAAAUUGGUGUAUGGUUUAUCGGGUAGUGUAAGUAUUUCGCUUGCUGCGUUUAGUUCUGUAAGUAGAUUUUCAUAGUAAAGUAAUAGUUACCAUAAAAUAAGUUGUUAGCAUAAUCUUUGUGUGUGCAAUAGUAUACGUGAGAACUUAACACGGUGAGAAUGAAUUUGAUGCGGGCGUUAUGUCAGUCACAGGGUCGGAUUAAAGCCUUAGAACGAAUUGCACUCGGUGUCAUCUAAUGAAGACAAGCGCACUUGUCUUGUGCGCGUAAAGCACUCCAGUGCAGUCGUCUGAUAACUGCACUCUCCAGUGAUAUGUUCAUUUAGUAAAUUUUUUGUACAUCACCUAAGUACAGUUAUAAAAUAAAUAAAAAUUGUUGGGAUUAUGCUAAAUAGAAAAUUUGCAAUCUAUAAAUAAAAAAAAACUACAUAUUAUUAUAUAUAUUAUUUUUUGUUUCCUUGUUAUGUUUGCUAAUGUUCUUUGAUCGAAAUAUGUUUAUAGAAAUAUUUUUCUUUAUAUGUAAAACAUAUGAUUUAUGUUUUAUUUAAAAAAAUAUAUUAUAUUAAAUCAACUUUUUUAUUUUUUAUGAAAUCAAAUUAUAAAGCAUAUCUACUGUAAAUAAAAUUGAAUAAUAAUUAAAAUAACAAAAAACUAUUUUGUAAUUUAUUAAGGAGCAAAAUCAGAAUGCACUCAAUGAAAUCAUGAUGUAUUGAAUAAUUGAUAUAAUAAUUUAAACUCUGAUAUUUACAUAUUAUUUUGGGAUAUACGAGUAUUUGGCGUAGCACGAGGUCAUAAUCCGCCCUAAUAUCCUUCUUUGUGGAGAAUAUAAUGAAGAAGUACAUUGUUGAUCUGUGAUGACGUAUUAUUAGUGGAAACUAUCAUGAGUGCGGAAAUGGUGGGAAUUUAUUGAAAUAAAUGUUGUAAAAGUGCUGUAUGUGUACUUUCCGAAUGAAACACGCGUAAUACUAUGUUUUAGCAUUAUCUACAAUGUAAGUAUUAUUGUAAUUAAUGACACAUUUCUUGUUGAUAAUAUGGAAAAUAAAAAUGUGAAUGUUCAUAAUUCAAUAAAAAAUGAUUAUUUAAAACCUUUCA